CUUAAGCUUCCUUUCCGUUAUCCUUAUCGCUCGUUGUCUUCACCGUUCCACUUGACGUAUACCACUGCCAGCGCACGGAACUGCAGAUUCGUCUUCGUCGUCUGUGCUCAAGCGCACAGCGAUAUCUGGAUUGCUCGAUCUUUUGAAAGGUCUCCUCAAGAGACUUUUCUGGGUCGUUCUGUCCACUUCUCUUCUGGUAUAUGACCUUGCUCCAUGUUCAUUUCUCUCUACGCAACCAGCAAGCUUUCCAGCGCCUGCUCGAUGCCAGCAGCGACCGGUCAGUUGGCAUCAGCACCAGCAGUAGUGGUGGAAAGUCAUGGUCGAAGGGAGGCGCCGUCGGAAUGGCUAUUGCGGCAGAGAUCAACGGACGCGAUAGGCUAGGACGAACGGUUCUCCACCUCGCUUGCUCGUCGAUAGAUACCUUGGAAUAUGUGCGAUUGCUUCUUCGCCAUCUUGCUGUCAACGUCAACGUACAGGAUCUGGAGAGCAAUUGGACUCCCCUACAUAGGGCCUUAUUUCACGGGAACUUGGGCGCUGUCUUUUUGUUGCUCCAACGUUCGGACAUUGACAUCUCGCUGAAGGACUUCGAGGGCUAUACCGCGUUUGAGUUGUACAACUCGACGGUAGAGGGCACAAAACCGUCUGUCAAUGUUUCUGGUGCCGAGCCGUACAUGUGGGGCGCAAACAGGAACGCUACUCUCGGUCUUGGCGAUGGUGACGAUCGUACAUACCCAGACCAGGUGGUCAUUCCUCGCAGAGACUCUUCCGAUAGCUCCAAUAUCUACACCAGGUUCUUUCCACUACAAGUUCGCCAGGUCCAGACUUCCAAACUACAUACUGUCAUCGUUACAUGUGAGAAGAAGGCAAAUUUAAGACUUUGUGGAUUCGGAAGCGGAGGACGGCUCGGGCCCGGACAACAUACCCAGUACAGCUUGACUCAGCUAUCACAGCUCAAUCAGACUAUAGUUUCUGUCGCGCUGGGGCAAGAUCACACUUUGGCUCUCACCGACACCGGCGAAGUUCUCAGCUGGGGACUGAAUCGGUUUGCACAGCUAGGUUACAUUGUCGAAACAAGUUCGAUCGCUAGCAUUGGUCGGAUUGAAGAGCCUAUUCAGUCGACACCGAAGAAAAUUGUCGGUCAACUCAAGAAAGAAUUUGUCAGGGGUGUUGCCGCGAGCAAGACUUCGUCUGCUUGCUGGACCGCGACGGAGGUCUUUACAUGGGGCACAAAUAACGGACAAUUAGGUUACGAUAAAUCAGCUCAACCCGUACAAGUUCUGCCUCGGAAAGUCACCAAAAUCACCAGGCCCGUCACGUCUGUAUGUCUCACGGACGCCGCCAUGAUCUGCCUUCUUGUGACGCAAGAAGUCAUUUGUGUAUGGAGUGACCGGAGCUUCAAGAUCAACUUCCCGGCGCAUGGUUUCCCCCAGCAAAUACAGCCCUACCGACCUCCUCAGGCUAUCAAGGGAGCCCACGUUUCCAAAAUAAUUAACUGCGAUGAUACAGUGGCCGCCUUGUCUUCAAAUGGAGAGAUCUUCCUACUUGUGAUCCCGAUACCAACCGAAGCAGAAGGAUCCCCUCCAUCUUCCAAAGCCUUUGUACCGCAACCGGCAUGGACCUUGAAGAAGCAGCUCAGCGCAGCCAAAGACGUGGCCGUAGGCAGUGACGGCAUGAUCAUAGUCUGCACUGAGUCUGGCCAUGUAUUCGUGCGCGCUCGCAAAGGUGGAAACACCGGUUCCCAGGGUUCUGGGAAGAUUUUCAAGUACCAGCUUGUUCCUUACAUCCAGCGAGUAGUUGGAGUGUGUGCGAAUAGCUCCGGUGCCUUUGGCGCCAUGCGAGUCGAUUACAAACCCGAUCCCAUCUCGGUACACGGGCACGGCAUAGCAGAGGAUUUGGCAGAAAUUCUACUUUUGCUCGCUGCGCAGCCCAAUACAAGCAGGCUACAGGCCUCGUCUCCAACACCCGCGGUCGGCAUGCAUCUCGCUCAUGAAGACGAGGAUGAGGUUGAUGACUGCAUCGAGGAAGACCUGUCUAAGCUAUACUGUCUUUCAGAUGUCAUACGUCGCCAGAUGGACUCGCAUGCCUCGGAAGGAGAACUAAUAACGCAAGGUGCCGAUAUCUUGAUUUCCACCGACGAGGCCCAUCACACUUUCUCCGCUCAUCGUGUCAUCCUCAGCGCACGUUCGUCGGUCCUUCUUUCGCUUCUCCAGAAUCCUCGCACCAUUCGAGAUGACUCGCAAAUUUCCGUUCGUUACACUCAUACCUCCGGUCACCAUCGGCUUAUGUUUUUUCACUGUCUUCCUAUGUCUGUCUUGAUACUUCUUGACUAUCUGUAUUCCGACCAUCUACUGUCAGUUUGGGAUAGGCGCCUGUCUUUCGGUUCUCAUCUGGAUUCGGCACGCAUUAAAUCAGAUUUGCAAGUUUUGGCUAAACUAUUACAUCUUCCUUCACUUUUGAAGGCAAUCCAGUCGCCUGUAAAGGUGAUUCCAGAACCAACGAUGAUCCGGGAUAUGACAAGCCUGUUCAGUAAUGCACAAAUUAUGUCCAAGGAGCCUGAUUCCCCCCAGUACCCAGACGUUGUAUUGCAGUUCCAGGACAAGGACGUUUUCUGCCAUUCUACUCUUCUGCGGGCUAGAACCGUUUUCUUUGCCGAUUUCUUUACUGAAGAAGAUUGGACCAGGAACCGGAGGGACAGGACUGGCCGAGUGCAUGUCAACAUGAAGCAUAUGAAGUGGCAUGUGAUGCAAUAUGUUUUGAGGUUUGUAUGUUGUGGAGAAGAUGUUGAGAUGUUCGAGACGUUGGAGUUUGCGCAUUCUGUUGAGUCCGUUCUGGAGUUCAUGUUUGAAGUCAUGGCCGCCGCGGCCGAGCUACAUCUUGAUCGGCUGUUACUCAUUUCAUCAUCCAUUAUAUUAAACUUCUUAAACAUCCAAAACGCUUGUUAUAUACUUUCGGAGGCCACCCACUACUCUGCGAAGGAUCUGAUCAAUGCCGUCCAGGGUUAUAUCGCCGUCAAUUUGGAGAGUUUUCUAGAAAGUCGAAUGCUCGACGUUCUGUCACCCGCUUUGGUCAAGCAGCUCUCUUGUUUUGUUCAAGAAAGGCAGAUAACAAAAUCGCCUAUCACGCGACGUAAUUACUUGGGCAAGCUCGCUAUGGAGAGACAUGCGGAAUGGUUGUCCCUUCAAGAUUUCCCUUCCCCAAUUGUCAGAUCAAACAAACAGUUGAUGCGUCGGGAUUCGGUUAGACUAUCGCCAAGCAGUAAAGUCCAGCACUCUUCUGUCAGGGCUACCUCGUUGGCAGUCAAGCCUCAGGGUCUCCCUGCUUCCACCGGAAACGACGAUAUCUUCGCCAUGGAUGAUGUUGAUCCAAUCUCCACUGCGAACUUGGAUCAACCUAACCCUUCCGCUCCCUGGAAAUCUACCUCGGUGGCUCGUGUGGACAUGCGAGCUGUCAUGGCGGAGGCUGCCAGAGAGGUUCCUGCGAGAUCCAUCGUACCUCGUAAUCUACCUAAUGCCGACGAUCCAUCUCGCAGGCAGGUGUCCCUGCAUAAAAUAUCCGAAGGUAGUAGUUCCUCACCGUCAUUACGGAGGAUACCCCCGAACGCAACUGGAUCUCCAUCUCGCAUCGACACACCUAAUAAAUUUCCCAAGCUUUCUUCGUCGCCUGUGUCUACCCCGAAGGCACCAUCGGCCUCAAUUAUCAAGCCAUUUGUAGCAACCGGGUCAUCCAGUACUUUACCGGGGCUUGGGCCCGUGAUUUCCCCCCAGCGACAACCUUCUUCAGCCAAGCCCAAGCACGUUGGUAGGAACGUGUCGUCAGGAAAAGCAUGGACAUCUCCUUCGCAGCUUGACAUUCCGACUCCUUCCGUGUCUGGCAUGUCCUUUUCCGAGAUUCAACAGUCGCAGCAGGAGAGCAGUGUUCUUGGAAAGGCUCGUCGAUCGCUACUCGAAAUCCAAAUGGAAGAACAGGCUCGUAGGGAGGAAGAAGCAUUUAUGAAAUGGUGGGUAGAGGAGGAGGAGAGAGUGAAGCGAGAAGCUGAAGCGACAGCAGAGGCGUUGAAGGCUUCCACUAGGAAAAAUAAAAGGGGAGGUGGAAGGGCCGGGAGGAGUGUUGGUGGGCCUCGUAAGAAGGGUGGAGUCGCCCCUUCUAACUCAUGAUAGACCUAUAGAUAUGCUACUGACCUAUGUUAUAUUGCUAUGUAUUGUUUAUGUUAUAUUAUCUCCUUUGUAUGUUAUAUUAAAAACAUCCAGGCAAUACCACUUUUUGGCA